UCCAGAUUCGAGCUCAGAUGUAGAGCGACACGCACUGGUCAACGAGACGCGAUACAGAUCAACACACCUGUGCGCAUGGACAGCUGUCACUGGGGAACGGAGUGAUUCAGUAGGCCUAUUAUGCUUAUGUGAAGUUUCACACCAAUGGCCCUGCCGCGCAAGAUUUCUCUCGUUUUUCUGGUGAAUAGUUUCUGUUUAUAUGGAGGCAGAUCAGCUCAGCGUUUGCGCACCUGGCCAACCCACGCCAAUGAAGUCAUGCUACUACUUGCAUUCUGAAAGGCUCUGGAGAGGAAUCAGAUUCUUCUGCUUAUUGUGGAUUUAAACCCCCAUAAGGCUUGAUACGUGUAAUUUGUGUCAUUUCCCAGCUGGAUAUGGAACUGAUAGGGAGAUGCGUGUUCUUCGCAGCGCUCGUGAUCAGCGUUCCUCACCCUGCGCGUUCAGGAUGCGAGAAUCGGGUGUGUAAUCCACGCAUGGGAAAUCUGGCAGUCGGCCGUCCUGUAUGGACCAUCUCACAGUGUGGCUUAAAAUCUCCGGAGCGGUAUUGUCACUACACUAUGGACAGAUGUGUGCCACAUUGUGAGGUGUGUGAUGCUUCAGUGACACACCUUGCACACUCACCUGCCUCCAUGACAGACUCACCCUUCAAACACCCGCCAACCUGGUGGCAGUCUGCACAGGGCAUUACCAUAGAAACUUUACAGCUGGACCUGGAGGUAGAAUUCUAUUUCACUCACCUCAUUAUCAUAUUUCGAUCGCCACGCCCUGGUGCCAUGGCAAUAGAGCGCUCGCAGGACUUUGGACACACAUGGAGUGCUCUUAGGCUGUAUGCACACAACUGUAGUGAAGUGUUCAACCUGGAGGAUGGACAUAGGUGUACUGAGAAAUAUUCCACAGCUUUGCCUUGCAGCAAUGGAGAGGUUAUUUACCGUGCUCUGUCACCCUGGGACAAACUGGAUCCAUACAGCAUUACUGCUCAAGCCCACCUCAGCAUCACUAACAUACGAGUGCGUCUACUUCAACCACAGACCUGCCCCUGCCAACAUAAAUUCCCUGAUGCCAACUUUGCCACUGCCCACUAUGCCAUCUAUGACCUAAUAUCAAAAGGAGGCUGUUUGUGCCAUGGGCAUGCAGAUCAAUGCAUUCCUGCCGGUGACCAACAGAUAAAACACCUUACCAACAAACACAUGGUGCAUGGUAAAUGUGUUUGUCGACAUCACACUGCAGGAGAUCACUGUGAACGGUGUGAUAGGCUCUACAACGACCGACCAUGGCAACCUGCUAAUGGUUUAACUGGACAAGCUCACCAAUGCAUUAAAUGCAAGUGUAAUGGACACGCAGAGAGCUGUCAGUUUGAUGAAACCGUAUGGCUGCGCUCUGGCCAAAGGAGUGGUGGUGUAUGUGACUGUCUUCACAACACUAGUGGACGCCACUGCCAACAUUGCAAGAGUGGCUUUUACAGAGACCCAGAGCGACCCCUGACUGACCCGGAUUCGUGCACACCGUGUAUGUGUAACCGAGUUGGUUCCACAUACUGUAACCCUGAUAAUAGAGACUGUGUCUGUAAGCCAGGCGUGGCUGGGCCACACUGUGACCAUUGCAGGAUGGGAUACUGGGGCUUUGAUGAAUAUGGCUGUAAGCCCUGCCAGUGUGCCAGUGACUGUGACCCUUACACAGGAGGCUGCUUGAAUAGGUCUGAAUCAGAUUUCAACAGCAGAGAAAAUCAUUUGUUUCUAACAGAAGAGCUUUUCUCUGCCCUCCGUCAUCCAGACAAAUGCGUAUGCAAACAGCAAGCCCUUGGAAACAGCAAAGCAUUCUGCAACAUGAAAAAAGCUUAUGCAGUAAAGGUGCGAGUGCUGGGUGCUCAUGACAAGGGCUCUCACGCUGAGGUGGAUGUUCAGGUUCUGAAGGUGUUGUGGGAUAACUUAAGCAUCAGUCUCUCCCCUGGAAAUGUCACUCUUUAUCCUGAGUCCUGGACCUUACGAGGCUGCACCUGCCCUGUACUUUACCCCGGGAUGGAAUAUCUUGUUAUUGGACAUGAGGAUGUGAAAAAAGGUCAUCUAAUGGUCAAUAUGAAGAGUCUGGUGAAGCCAUGGAGACCCAGUCUGAGUCGAAAAGUCCAUCAGCUCUUCAAAACCAUAUGUAGCUAAGAGAGGGAGUCAAACAAAUGAGUCAAAAAAGUCACAUUUAUUUGAAUAAUUCCCUUCUUUUGAUUCAUGCUUAUUAAUGUUAUAAAACCACGUGUGUGAAUGUACAUGUUCGUUUUAGCUGGUAGGUGAAUACAAGCACUGUACAGUAUGUAUAAUGUAUGUAUGUAUGUGUAUAUAUACUGUAUAUACUAUAUAUAUAGAUAUAUACGUUUUGUGUAGUUGUUUUCUAAACUAUUUUUAACCCGGUAUAUAGCAUGCUUUGUACAAUAAAAAACAUACAAGUAUAAUGGUUUUAUGAAAAAAUAUGCUUAU